AUGGACCAGCCUGUCAACGCGGACCCUUCCAUGGGCUCCUCCUCGAAUGAAGAACCUCUGUUCGACAUGAUCGGAACAUCGGACCAGGCCUGCAAGGAGUGCCGGCGACGCAAGGCCCGUUGCAAUCGCGACCUGCCGACGUGCAACCUCUGUCUCAAGUAUCGCCGGCACUGUCUCUAUGAGAAGCACGCACGGACGCCCCUGACGCGCAAACACCUCACCGAGGUCGAGACGCGCCUCGAGAGGGCCGAGGGCCUCGUGCGCCAGAUGCGCAGCCUCGUCCCGUCGCAUCUGAGGACAUGGGAGCAGCAGCAGCAGCAACAGCAGCAGACCAGACACGCCAACCCGGACACCAGCAGCCCAAGGCGGUCAAGCCCCCGAUGCGGACCAGCAGAGGAUGCUCGAGGGCCCUACCGCGGCGUCGAGGUCGCCUUCCCACGCAACGUCGAGGACCGCGAGCUCACCGCCGCCUCCAAGGCCAUGCCCCCCGAGAGCCCCAACAUCACGCCCUACUCCGCCGUCGCCACCCAGGCCCGCUUCCACAUGGCCACGGCCGAGUGCUACGACCGCGUCAUCUCCAAGCCCCUGCCCAGCGCCGCCGAGCUCCUCCGCCUCGAGCAAGACACCAUUGAGCCCUGGCGCGCCGCCGUGCCCCCCUACUUUGCCGAGGACAUUGUGGACGACACCACCCUCCCGCCCCGGUACGCCCUCGCCCAUGCCGUUAUGGCCUGGCGCCUGCGCAACCUGCGCGUCAUCAUGUACAGGCCCUUUGUCAUACGGCGCGCCCUACGGCGGCGCGACGAGGCCGACACGGCCAGCGCCAGGGCGUAUGAGCGCUGUCUGGCCGACGCAGAGUCCACCAUUGCCAUGAUUGCCCAUUUCUGGGACACCCGCGCGCACGACCGGCUCGCCGCGUGGUACGGCCUGUACUUCCUCUUCCAGGCCGCCCUGAUCCCUUGUAUCUGCCUCCGCAACGAUCCCACGAGCGCGGCCGCCCAGGAAUGGCGCGCGCAGAUCACCCGGACGCUGCGCACCAUUGCCGCCAUGGCGCCCCUGAAUCUCAGCUCGGCGCGGUGUCACAGCGUCAUUGUCGGGCUGUGUGGGCGGUUCCUGUCGUCUGAGGAGGUGGCGCUCCCACAGCAGCAGCAGCAGCAGCAGCAGCAGCAGCAGACGACGAGCGUGGACGAAGAGAUGGCAGAGUCGGCGUCCUGGCUGGGCCCCGACCAUCCCGUGGGCGAGAGCCCGCAGACGCAAAUCAACGGCGUCUUCUCCAUGAUGUGGCCGAACGCCGCCACGUCUGACUUUACCAUGGGCGACGACGCCGGCUGGAUGGAGUUUCUGAGGGCGGGCAGUGACGAGGGGGCUUGGACAGGCGGCUACCAUGCUGACUUGUGA